UAUAUCGGCCAGACGACCACCUAGCAGCAGCUAACUGUUUGAGCCCGGCCUCCCCCUCCUCUCGCUCGUGCCAGAGCCAGACUGCCCAGCCACCACACCAUUCUUUCCCCAUUAGCUCUCUAAGCUAAGCUAGCGUCGUCGUGUCUUAGUAGCUUGCAGGCUCACCUGCUGCUGAUUGAGAGGAGACGACUGAAUUCAGCACCAGCUAGCCAGCUAGCUAGCAGAAGAUAGAUGGCGGCGGAGGAGGCCAAGAAGGUGGAGGUUGAGGCCACCAAGGACAUCGCCGAGGAGAAGGCCGUCGUGCCGCUGCCGCCGCCGCCCGCCAAGCUGGCCGACGACGACGACUCCAAGGCCAUCGUCGCUGUUGUCAAGGACGCUGCUGAGAAACCUGCAACUAUUGGAGGUUCAACUGAAAGAGAUGCUUAUCUCGCGAAGAUUGUAUCGGAGAAGAGACUGACUCUGAUCACCGCCUGGGAGGAGAGAGCCGAGAACAGGGCCGCCAAGAAGCUCGCCUUCAUCACGUCAUGGGAGAACGCGAAGAAAGCGGAGAUGGAGGCCGAGCUGAAAAAGAUCGAGGAGCAACUGGAGAAGAAGAAGGCGGCGUACGAGGAGAAGCUGAAGAACAAGCUGGCGAUGCUGCACAAGACGGCGGAGGAGAGGCGGGCGCAGACGGAGGCGAAGCGCGGGGAGGAGAUCAUCCUGGCGGAGGAGAUGGCCGCCAAGUACCGCGCCAAGGGCGAGGCACCCACCAAGCUCUUCGGCCUCUUGAAAGCCUGAUGAAGAAAUGACCAUGUGAUUGAUACGAAUGCUGGGAUGGGAACAACUGUUGGUUCGUGGUGGUGUGUGCAUGCAUGUGUAUGUAUCUGAAGACUGAAAUCCCCUUGGAGUGUGUGUGUUGUUGUUUCUGUUGUAUUAUAUUGGAAGGCUUUGCUUGACAUCUGGUGGUGCAGUCUGUAAAGGAAUUGUGUAUAGUUAAGCAUAGGAGGAGUGCAGUGGAGAUGGAUACCUUUUAUUUGUUCUUUCUUCUCAAUUCUCAUAAUGAAAGUUUUGUCAGUUUGAGAAA